AUGCGCAGGGCCGGCACUUUGCCAGACGAGCGGUCGCACGGGCGAGGGAGCCUCGCCGCUUCCGCCGCCGCGGUCGCCGCAACCACCGCUGCCGGAGCCCCGUGGGGGGGCGCUAAUUACGGCAGCGUAGGCGGCGGCUCCGCAUCGUUUCCCCGCAACACUCGCGGCAAGCGCGUGCUUGUGAAAGCCACUAGCAUGCCGCCCGCCGUCGAAUCCCGCCGCCCAUCCAGUGGCGCUGGCUGCGCCACGAGCGGGGGCUCCGCCAGAACCCCCCGCCUUCCUGCCGGGCGCCCGCAGCAGCGCCAGCAGGUUUUUCCGCCAACCAACGCGCCAGGGCAUGCAGCAGCGCAGCCUUCCCCCAGAGCCCGGCUAUUGUCCGCAAAGUCCCCGCGCGUCCCGGCGAAAUCCCCCCGCGCGCCCUCCGCUGCGCUGCACGGUGUCGCAGAGGUGUCUUUCCCCUCCCCGCGUUCUUUCCGAGGAGGCACGGGGAUGCCUGUUCCGCCCAAUCAGCAGCAGCUGCGCGCACUCGCGCAUUCCCGCUCUCUCCCUCCGCAGUCCCCCGCCAGCGCCGCCCUCGCAGCCGCCGCCGUAGCAAACGUAAAGGCAGGCGCAUUUCCAAAGAGCCCCUCGGUAGCAGUAAGCGGCAGGCCUUUUAGCGGAAGCAGAACGGCGCAAGGACAGGCGCGCACAGGCGCGGGGAGGGAAUCCGCGCAGCGAACGCCACGCCAGCUUAGCGCUUCCGGCCAGUCUAACCGCGCCGGCCCUGCGCUUUCAGCUGCGCUCCUGCCCGUGAGUCAUGCGCUUCCGAUAAGAUCGCAGUCGAGCUCCCGCUCGUUAAACUCACACUCGCCACAGCAACAGCAACAGCAACAGCAACAGCAGCAGCAGCGGCCGCAGCUGCGGAAACCGAAGUUGCCGCCUCUCGAUAUUACAGGCAUUCAGGACGAGUCCCAGCAGGAAGAUCUGAGCCCGUCUGUGUACCCGCUACAAUCACCGCAGCAUAGCAGGCAGCCGAGCCAGAGUCAGGAUUCUAAGCAACCGCUAAAAGGAAUACUUAAAUCAACCAAGGUUCAGCCAGAGCCAGAGGGGGGGGAGCAGCUGGACAGGGGGGAGCAGCGGGACGGGGGAUCUGAUAGGAAAACGGCAGCAGCGCUAAGGCGGAGCGGAAGUUCGGAAGCGGUUCCCAGGUUCGGGGGAAACGCGGAAAGAGCGGGGGAGAAAGCGGAAGGCGCAGGGGGUGCGGAGAGAACCGCGGGGAAAAGCGGGGAACCGUGUGUGCAAUUCGAGGAGAGUUGUGUGGCGCGGAAAGGAAGUGGCAAGGUUGCGGAGGAAAGCAGGCUUCGUGCUGCUGUAGCGAAAGGACAGGAGCGGAAGCUUAAAGUGGAGAAGUCUGUGAAGGGGACAGUGGCGAAGGAGAAGGGGAGUGGGGUUACCAGGAGGGUGUCUCCCCCCGUUGCUCUUCUAUCGCAGAUGGCUCACGCUCGGCUGCUGGCUGCUGCCGUUCAAAUGUCCUACCCUCCUUCACAUUUCACGUUUACUCUUUUUAUCCUACACUGUGGCCUCCCUAUCGCAGAUGGCUCACGCUCGGCUGCUGGCUGCUGCCGUUGUGCUGCCCGUUUCCCGUUCAUCGUCUCCCAGCCACCUAUUAUCCCUCCUUUUUCUCCCCCCUCAUUUCCCCCUACCACACCCUUUUCCUUCACCGUGGCCUCCCUAUCCCGGAUGGCUCACACUCGGCUGCUGGCUGCUGCCGUUCACCUGCCCUUUCCCGUUCGGUUUCACAUUGGCUCCUACACGCCCACGUAUAUCUCCUUUCCCUCCAAUCCUCCCCUUCCCCCCAAUUUUCCCUACACACCGCGGCUCCCCUAUUGCAGAUGGCUCACGCUCGGCUGCUGGCUGCUGCCGUUCACCUGCCCGUUUCCCCGACGAGGCCGCAUCCACAAGCGGAUAACCCCGGCCAAUUUCACGUCGGAUAUUUUCAACCGCCAGUUGCCAGACGCCAUUACUACGGCACUCAAACAGCCAUGGAAGAAACAGCCCAUCCCCGUGGUGGUAAUCCACCAACAACCGUCAGGCUCGGUGGCCUGCCGUCCCUCCCACUUCAUGCAUCGCAACCUGCGCCACACGAGGCAGCGCAACGCAGUGGUGUAUUUCAUCGGGCCCGACAGCGACGAGUGUGUGGAGAUGGCAAGGGAGCUGGACAUUGUUCUUGACCCUGUGAUAGGGUACCAGGAUGUGGUGGGCUGGUUCUCGGCCAACCUGGGCGACCCAGUUUCCUACCAGGUGCACUGGUUCAUCCUAAAGGCCUUUAUGGAGCGCCAUGCCUUCCCGCGCAUCUUCUUCCUCGACUCGGACGUCAUCCUCUUUGCCAACGUCACUGAGCUCGCCACCAUGCUCUACUCAAGGGUCCACUUGGUGGUGUCGCAACGCUGGCCCAGUCUGCGCGCGCCAGGCCCCAGCCAGUAUGCUUCUACAGCAGUGAGCGCGCAUGUGUCCCUCUGGACGUACGACGCUCUCUCUGACUUCCUCGACUUCUUCCAGCUCUUUGUUCAGGAAGCAACGCUGUACGGCCAGCCUGGCGAUGCGCGGCUGGUAGCGGAGCGUGCUUAUAACGACAUGGUGGUGCUGGGAUGGUACACGCACAGGAUCUGCUGGAUGAAGAACCCUCAGAACCUGCACCCACAGUGCAUCUGUGACAAGGAGAGUGGGGUGACCCCCGAGCGGUCAGCGCGCAUAAGAGGGAAGUUCACCCCCAAGUUCCGCGUCGACUCGUUUGCCAUGCCCCGCUGGUGCAAUGCGACGGACUGGUGGGACGAGGGGUGGUGCGUCUUUGACAACAACUUCUCCAUUCAGUCAACCCCCCUCCCAGGAUUCAACCUCCCUUUCUCCUCCCCCCUUGCCCUUCCUCCUUCCCCCUUCUCGCCACCCCUACCCCUCUCCUCCCCGCCACUGCUCUCCCCCUCUUCCCCCCUGCAGACGCCCACUCAGUUCUUCACGUACCGGCCUCACAAUGGCUUGAAGUGCCUCGCUGAUUCAGUUCCUGCGACCGCACUUUCCGCCCCUUUUUUGUUACCUGUUCUCCCCACCCUACACCUGCAGACGCCCACGCAGUUCUUCAAGUAUCGGCCUCAGGACGGCAUGAAGUGCCCGUCUUCGAUGCACUACACUCACUUUGAUGACUGGGCCAAGGAGGGCAAAAAGCAGAGGUCGCGGGUUCAGUUCCUGUCGACUGCAUAUUCCUCUUCUUCCCACUGUUCUUUCCCCCUACAGACGCCCACGCAGUUUUUCAAGUACCGGCCUCAGGAUGGCAUGAAAUGCCCCUCUUCGAUGCAUUACACUCACUUUGACGACUGGGCUAAGGAGGGCGAGAAGCAGACAUCGCCGGUUCAAUUCCUGGGAGUGCAUUUUCAGGCGCACAGAAAGGGGUACCUCACAAGGGGGGAUGACCCAGCAGCCACGUGGGGGUCAAGCCCUGAUUGA